AUGGUCUCCCUUUCGGCUUCUCUAUACGUGCUUGCCGCCAUGGUGAGUGUGGCUGAGGCCGCGCCGUGGCAGCACUACCACCGGGUCAACCUUGCCGUCUCUGGGUGCCAGGCACUCAUCAAGACCCAGAAUGCCGGCUGGAAAGCCAAAAACUUCUGUCAGACCAAGAACCAGCCGGCAUUGGGUUCGAUGGCGUGGUGCUUGGAGAACUCUCCCAAUGAUGGCGCUAAGCAGCGGUUCCUCGAGUUAUGUGAAAGCGACAAUAAUGUCACCCUCACCAUGAGCCAGCUUGAUGACGCCUACACCAAUGCCUCGAGCUACCUUGUCACCAACCCGGUGAAGCUGGUGGAAGGGUACAAUCUUAGUAUCCCCGCUCCGUUCCCCAUCAAGUUCACCGAGGCUCAAUAUACUGGUGCCUACACUGCCGCGGUGGAACGGUACAUUAACUACAACUAUGCCGUGUGGUUUGGCAUUGGGAUGUUGCUGUACUGGUUCGGGAUCAUGUUUAUUGCGGGUCUUUAUCGGUUGACCAAGUUUGUUGUCCCUCGUUUGUUCCAAAAGCUUCAUAACCCUGUGAUCAAUAAGUACCGGAAAUACGUCACGUUACCGGCACUCUUCGCCAACCAGCACGUCAACCCGGAAAUCAGAGGCCGCUGGUUCUGCUGGUUGGUCCCCACGAGAUGGGAGGCACUCAUGGUCGCCGGUUACCUCGUGUUGGUGAUUACUUUCAACGCAUGGGGCUACAAAUACUCGCCUGACAACGUCUAUUUCAAAACUGCCGGCAAGUUAAGGGCUAAGGAGACCGCUAACCGCACGGGGAUCACCGCGUUAUGGCUUAUCCCUCAACUUGUACUCUUCGCCGGCCGCAAUAACUUCAUGCAGUGGGUCACCGGGUGGCUGUACUCGCGGUUUGUCUACAUCCACAAGUGGAUUGCCCGUUGUGCCGUGGUGCUCGUGCUUGUCCACGGGGUUGCUUAUACCAUCAGUGCCGGCGGUGUCAACUCGGAAAAGUACCAAUCGUGGAUGACGGAAGACUAUGUUCGCUGGGGGAUUGUCGCCUUAGUGUGUGGCGGUCUCCUCGUGUUCCACUCGCUCUUCUUCUUCCGCUACCUCAACUACGAGAUCUUCCUUGGAAGCCACAUCCUCUUUGCCGUGUUCUUCAUCAUUGGCGGCUGGCGCCACGCCGACAACCGGGGCUACGGCCAGUACAUGUACGCAGCGGUGGCGGUGUGGGGUUUCGACCGUGCCGUCCGGCUUGGCCGCUUGUGUGCGUUUGGUAUCCGCCGGGCCCAGGUCCAAUUAGUCGGUGGCGACACAUUGCGGGUCACUACCCCAAGACCCAAAUGGUGGCUCCCUCAACCGGGGUGCCAUGCGUUUAUCCACUUUGUCAGACCAACAAUGUUCUGGCAAUCGCACCCGUUCACCGUGGUGGACCAUGCUACUGAUGCUGAUGGCGAAGGGACGAUGACUCUCUACUUGAAGGUAAAGGGUGGGGUCACUCAUGGGUUAUACAAGUACCUCCAAAAGUGUCCUGGUCAAAAGGCCGAGAUUCCGGUGACGGUGGAAGGUCCCUACGGUACUCGCAUCCCCUUGGACCGCUACGACAAUGCCGUGUUCGUUACUGGCGGCCACGGUAUUCCUGGUCUCUAUUACCAGGCUCGCGAUAUCGUGUCCAAGCAAGGUAAAACCAGAGUUAAGUUCUACUGGAUCAUCAGACACUACCUGGCGAUCGAGUGGUUCUACCACGAAUUGCAACAGCUUAAUAAUGACCGGGUUGACACUGUGAUUUACGUUACUCAGCCACUGGACUUAUUAACCCCCAUCGGCACCAAUACGUCGGAACUGGAACUGCUGGACGAAAAGAAGAGCGACGCUGACCCCCUGGUGGACUACGUGGCGUUGCUCAAGCUGCGGUUGGACUUUGUCGAGUUCAGAGAGGGCCGCCCCAGUCCCGACGAGUUGGUGGCAACUGAGUGCCGCGAGGCGCAAGGGCUGAUCGCCUUCACCACGUGCGGUUCGGGGACGCUUGUCGACGCUACCCGUAAAGCGAUCGCGGAUAACUUUGAGUUGGCUAAGGGCAGAGUCGACUACUACGAACAGGCCCAGAUCUGGUGA